AUGAAGCCCAUCCUCGCCAUCCCAGCCAUCUCCCUCCUCGUCUACCGCGCCUGGUCCCGCAAGUCGCUCACUCCGUUGGGCCUCAUCGCCGCCGCGCUGACAGCUGUCGCCCAUGCCGUUCAUCCCUGGUCAGCGCCGUUCGCCCUGCUCGUUGUGUUUUAUAUAGGAGGGACUAAGGCUACGAAGGUGAAGCAUGACAUCAAAGCCAGGAAAACACUCUCCGCGACCGGGAGCGGGGGCGGCGACGGUCAACGGAAUCACAUACAGGUCCUGGCGAACUCGAUCGUUGCGUCGGUUUUGAUUUUGUGGCAUACUUGGAUACUCAAGAGUUCUGGGGACGAUGGGUUUAGUCUUGGACGGAUGACGCCUAUCGCGGAUGUGGUGGCUGUUGGGAUAGUUGCGUAUGGCCCCAUACCAUACCUUUGGAUUAUAUAUGUGCUAACGCUGUCUACGCAUAGCAACUACGCCGCCGUCGCCGCAGACACCUACUCCUCCGAACUAGGAAUCCUCUCCAAAUCUCCCCCGCGCUUGAUUACCUCCCUUUCCCUCCGCGUCGUGCCACCGGGGACAAACGGCGGCGUAACAGCGAAGGGACUGCAGGCUGGUGCUUUGGGGGCUUUCACGGUGGCUGUAACUUCUGCGGUGUUAUUGCCGUUUCGUUUACCCGGCAGUGAUGAACUCUAUGUGAAGGAGCGGCUGCUGUGGGUUCUGGCCGUGACUGGCUGGGGCGCGCUGGGUAGUCUUCUUGAUAGCGUUCUCGGAGGAUUAUUGCAGGCGAGUGUUGUAGAUAAGAGGACGGGCAAGGUCGUUGAGGGGACUGGUGGGCGGAAGGUCCUCAUCCAUCCCUCCUCCUCCCUACCAGGCGGCACCAGCGAAGCAUCCUCCGGCCUACAGGGCUCGUCCGAGAACCUCCGUCUGCGCCAGACAGAAACCCUCGCCAACACCGCAACGCUGAGGGGUAGUCGGGCUACGCAGUCAUCGGUUGGAGAAUCGGCGGGAAGGGCACAUGAUGAGGAGCAUGAGAGUCGGCGAGUGGAGAGUGGAAGGGACUGGUUGGAUAAUAACGGGGUGAAUAUGUUGAUGGCUGUGUUGAUGAGUUUGGGAGGAAUGGGCGUUGCUAGUUUGUUGUGGAUAUAG